AUGAAAAAUUGUAAAAGGUUUUAUUUUUCACUACCUUGUUCAAGAGAAUUGAAAAAUGUAGUUAAAUUGCAGUUGUUAGAAAAGGAACAUAAAGAUAAAAUAAUCAGUAUAUGGAAAGAUAAGUACAAAGAUGACAAAAAUAUAAUUGCAGAUUAUGUAAAUAUAGAAAAAUAUGAAUUAAUAAAAAAAAAUUGUAAAAAUAAUUCACAUUUUAUUAUUCCACAUAAAAAUAAAAAUGGAUAUAUAAAUUUUUAUUCACAAUUUAUUGAUUGUAAAUUAGUAUUUGUGACCCCACUUCAUGAUUAUAAUAAAUUUAGGACAAAUUCGAUACCAUAUAUAACAUUAAAUUUUUUUGAUGAAUUAAAAAAUAAAGAUAUUGUUUUAACAAAAUUAAGUAUUAUAAAUAAAAUUAUAACCAAAGAUGAAGCUUAUAAAUUUUAUAAUUAUAUUUUAUCCUUUUAUUCUGACUUUAAUUAUUUUCAAUAUGUAUAUAAAUUUAAUAAUGAUAGUAGAAAUUUUAGUUACAAUUGUUUUUUUGAUAAAUUCAAACAUUUAUUUUAA